CCGUUUGGUUCCCGUCGACAUCUACCAAUUCUAUAUUUUUGCCCCGUUAUUUGAGGAGUUGGAUUUUUGCUUCUUUUAGCCAAUUUUCACGCAAUUGUGUUUUAUUUUCAUCACUCGAAAUUUGUCAUACUAGUUGUCUUUUGCUUCUGCUAUUGUUGUUAUUUUGCAAUGCGUGGAAAGUAUUUGAAACGCAAAAUAAUUUGAUAACUACUUUAAGUAUCACCAUAUAACUGAAAGAUGGCACCAGACCCUCCUGUCUAUCCAGUUGAUGAUGAGAAUUUACCGCAUACCUAUGAUGUAGCUUUGGCUGCUCAUAACAGUGAUGACAGUGAUAAUGAGGUUGAGGGGCAUUCGAAUCAGGCCUAUGAUGGUUACACCCUUCUCGGUCAGCAUGAAUUUGUGGGCGGGACUCAUGUCAAUGAUGGAGACUCGGAUGGGGAGGGUGAAGUAAUAAACCAGAAUGACAUUCGCUCAGCUGACGACGAAUCUGUUGAAUUGCCUGAAGCUGGUAGGGCAGAGCUUGUAGCUCUCUGGAACAGCACUCCAGUUGACAUGACAUCAAAUAGUAUUGCCAUGGAUGAUGAAAGGUCAGCUCAGAUAAGAGCAGCAAUGGCUGGGUUUUCAUUACCCCCAUCUGCAGUGCCAGCAUGGGCUUCAAGUAUUCCAGAAGAGUUGUGGAAAGAAAAGCUCUUGGAUAAAUUACAACAGGUUUCCAAUAGUCCUGGACCAACCAGGUGACAUUCAUAGCUCACAUAGCCAUGUGUGUGAAUUAUCUCUCCUAUGCAUUUCUAGCUUUAUGUGAAACUUGUGGUAUUAUUAGUAAAACUAACUAAUCACAUCCACAGUCUGAAGCAACUGUUAGUUAAGUAAUACAUCCCAAAAUAAUAUUAAUGCAACAACAAUAAAUAUAACAAACAUUCAAAAGAACCAUAACUUAUUGUCUCAGAACAACUAGUCACAAUGUACAGAAAUAGGUGGCUAAGCAUGACUUUUUGUGCUUGAUGUGAGUAAAGCUUGAUAGAACUUUUUCAAAUAAAGAUCUUAAAGAAAGUGAUUGGAAUAAAAGUUUUGUAUUACACACUAUUAAAA